AUGCGCGGCCAGUUCGCCCCAGCUCCCGCAGUUUCCUUCAGACCCGCGUUCGCUCCCCAGUCAAGAUGGUACAGCGAGCAACCCGACAACACAGCAACCAAGAAGGAGGGCGAGGAGGCGAAGUCAGAAGAACCCGCUCCGGAAAAGCCUGCCAGCGGCGAGUCCGAGGUCGUCGCUGAGCUUAAGAAGAAGCUUGAGGCCAAGGAGAAGGAGGUGCUCGACUGGAAGGACAAGGCCCUUCGCACAGUAGCAGACUUCCGCAACCUGCAGGAUCGCACAACGAGAGAGAUGAAGUCAGCACGCGACUUUGCAAUCCAGAAGUUCGCCAAGGAUCUUGUCGACACCGUGGACAACCUCGACCGCGCGCUCGUGAUGGGUCAGGAGAAACUCAAGCCUGCCGAGGGUGGCGAGAAAAACGCCGACCUCGAGGCUUUCUACGAGGGCGUCAAGAUGACCGAGACCAACAUGCACUCCACGUUGAAGAAGCACGGCCUCGAGUUCUUUGACCCUGCCGGCGAGAAGUUCAACCCCAAUGAGCACGAGGCCACCUUUAUGACCCCUCAGCCUGACAAGGAGGACAACACCGUCUUUUUCGUCCAGCAGAAGGGCUUCAAGCUCAACGGCCGUGUUUUGAGAGCCGCCAAGGUUGGCGUCGUCAAGAACUCUUGA